CUUGAAACGAUUGGAGUAAAUGAAAAGUUUUUACUUUUAUUCAUCUUAGUUAAUUAAUUCCAAAGUCCAAACCCAUAAAAAUUGGAAAAAAGAAAACAACAUUGAAAUUUGAAACCCACACAACUCUCGGAAUCCCCUCUCUAGAUAAAAUCAAUUAUCCAAAUUCCCCAAUUUUCAUUCAGUCAUUCCAUCCAACACAUAAUUUCUUCCAAUAAUUCUAUCGAAAUCCCGUCAACCCAUAGUUUCUACCUUUACUGAUUUUACCAUUGUCGUCUGAUUGGCGACUUUGUUCUGUAGAUGAGGUUUUUUAAGAAGAUCGCCGGAUUUUUAGGGUUUGCACAUGAAAAUAAGGAAGAUCAAGAAGAAGAUAGUAACUUUAAUAAUAAUAACAAUUUAGACGAAAAUCGACGUAAUCGGAUGAAUGUUGACCCAAUUCAAAGGGGCCCCCGCAAAGGGUUCAGUGUUCCAGUUCAAGUUCCUGUUGAACGUCAUGCUGUGGGUCCCAUUUUGAUUCCUUGUAAUGGUGAUGGUGGAGUUCAGGGCCUCAAGUGGUAUGCGGAACGUCUGAGAAUCGACGAGGAUGGGGAUGUAGCAGAUGAAUUCUUUCAUGAAGUCUCUUUGGAAACGUCACAGGUCGUGCAAGAUCAGCCACGACCUAUGCCAAGGUUCCAAGUGAAGUCUAGUGUAAGACAUGCAAAAGUAAUACAACAGCAACUGACCUCUGAUGGAAAGUUUCAGCAUUUAGUCGAAUCUCAUGGUCGAUUGCAGUGGGUGUAGAAACGAAUUGGACAUAAAUCUCUUCUUUAUUGCGGAGAAGGCAGGCCUGUAUAAGUAAAACCUAACGACAGUGGACAGCAGGAUAAUUGUUGCCGGAGAUAAGGGAGAACGAAUGAUACCUGAUUCAUUACUUAAAAGGCGUUUCCCCUGCUCUUCGCAAUACUCGCAUCUUUGGCUGGCUGGGCUUCGAUGCACCGAGUUCAAUUUUAUUGUCAUUUGUUUAAUCUAAUCUUGAUUUUCUGAUAUAUUUUGGAACAUGGAAAAGAGAUCAAAGCAGCAAGCUUGUGUUUUCUCAGUUCACUGCAUAGAAAAGGCUGCUUACUAAUUGUUCUUUUAUGCUUUAUUAUUUUUUUAAUCCAAAUUUUUGGUGAUUUUUCUGAUUUCCUUUGUAACAUUGCCUAUGAUAAAUUUUAGAUUUUAUUUUUUUUGGUUUGAGUUAAAGAUGAUUAUGGGUCUAAGACUUCGUUCGAUAUCUAUAUCCAGACUCAGUCUUUUCAGAUAUAAACUUGUAUCCAUGAAUCCUCUAUCCUUUAUAUAUAUAACAUUGCUAAGAAAAGAAUACUGUUCAUCAUGAACAGUAUUUAUUUCACCUCA